UUCAUCCGCAAAAUUUUUAAUUUUCUGAAAAUAAAACAAAAGUAAAAACAAAAAGUAACAUGGCUGAUGAUAAACCAAAUCUAGCAAUUAUCAGAGAUCCCAAUAAGGCGAACCAUCGCAUUUUUAUUGGCAAUUUACCACAAUGCACCCGUGAGGAGUUGGAAAGUAUCUGUUUACCUUAUGGCAAAGUUCUAGCCUCGUUGGUGCAGAAAAAUUUCGGUUUUGUGCAAUUCGAAUCGGAAGAGAUGGCCAACAAAGUUGCCGCUGCUCUGACAAAAUCCACUUUCAAAGGAAAUACCAUUACGGUACGCAAUGCUGGCACAUCUAAGAAGAACCAACAGAAUACAAAUACAGGUUCCAACAAUUGGCAACAAGCGGUUCAAGGUGGCGUCGGAGUAAUGCCUCAGGCAGCAGUGGGUGGUAUGGACAAUGCGGAUAAUUCAAAUUUUAAUGAUUGUGAAAUCAUUGUAGUCGAUCGUAAAAAUACAAAAUAUGCCGAAAUGAUUGAAGAUCGUUUAAAGCGUUUAAAUUUAAGGGUUGAUGUUUUAUUUCCCAAUGCUGAUGUUCCGUUGGGUAAAGUGCUUUCUAAUAUUGCUUCACGUGACUGCUCGUACGCCAUCCUCGUCACGAAUCAGCAUGAGGAACAUAACAGCAUAACCGUCAACAUAUUAUAUGGCCAACCGGCCGAACAUCGUAAUAUGCCCGUUGACGAUGCCAUACAAUUGAUAAAUGAUGAUAUGCGCAAGAAAAUUAUGCGAGAAAAAGCAGCCGGUAUAGUAAAUCCACAACAGCAACAGAUGCGUAAUGUAGCACAGAUCCCAAUGAAUGUGCAACAACAUUUACCCAAUUCUGUACCCAUUAUACCAGCCAAUCCAUCUAAUUACAUGGCACCACCAUUAAAAGAACGUCAUCCAGAUGCAAUACAAAUGUUGCUAAAUCUAUUAGCCUCCAAUAUGCCUCUAACAGUUUUGCAAUACGAUCGUAUUAUUAAAUAUCUGCAACAGAGACGCGAGCUACAACUUAAGGUAGAGCUGGGUGAUGCUGCUGAGGACAUGAUAAAAUCUACCCCUGAUCCAGAAAUUGAGCUACAAAAGAAAAUUCUUAAUAUUCUUAAUAAACCUUCUGUUGCUGAAACUCAUUACGAGUUACUGUAUCCAACAUUGGAGGCCGUACAGCAAGAUGAACGUAUUUUGGACUUACUCAGUGAUGUGCGAGUACAAAAGGCUUUAGAUUCGUUGAUGGAUUCCAAUUUGGUGUCCACCGUGGAAAACUUAAUGAAAUUUUAAUUGAAUAACAUGUAAUAAAUGAAUAUUCUCUUUUAACGUAUUUUAUAAAUUAAAACAAAAGUAAAUAAUUAAUAACGCAAA